CUCCUCUUGUUCUUUCGCACCACCGGGCUCUUGGGUGCCAUGGUGGCCUUGUCUCCGGACGAUGUCGGAAGCGGAGCUGCCGCGUCGGAGGAGGAGCUGCGCUUGUUGAAGUUUGCUCUUGAGCAACACGAGCAGUUCAUCUCGGAGAUCACUGCGAGCUUCGAGCGCCUUCGCGCGGCACAGAGCUUUCCGGGCGAAGAUCUCGCAGUGGUGUCCAACGUGCCGCCGGACCAGCAAGAGCCGCAGGACUCCUCAUGGCCCUUGGCCCCCAUUGACUUCGACACGGAUGAGACUUCCAGCAUCCGCCCCGCGAGCUUGGCGAAGGAAGCAAGCAACAAGAUCCGUAAGAGCCGCACCACAGCGUCCCAGGACUGGGAUUGUGGUCGACGCCCUUCCCAGCGAUCGCACGGGAGCCGCACCACGCGCAAGGUGCCCACAGUCGGAAUGCUGCUGGCAGAGCCGAAUUUGGUGUUGUCGCCGAUCCAGCGCUGUGUCCAGAUCAUCAUCAACUACGGGGGCGCUUUGGUGGUCUUGUUGAACUCCAUGGUCUUGUUGUUCCAGCUGGAGAUGGAGGGGCGUACCGUGGCCUUUGAUUUGAAACUGGGCCUCAACGAGGGCCAGGACUUCAACGAAGUGCUACCCAGCUUCCGAGUCAUUGACUCCAUUUUCAUCUUCAUUUUCCUGGGGGAGUUGCUCUUGCGUGUGGCUGUGGAACGCCUCGACUGGUUGAAGGACUUGGCGAAUUGGCUCGACUUCGUCAUGGUCGUUGCGGGAUUGGUGGACUUCUUCUUCUACGUGCAAGCGGAGUCGGCCGACAGCGUCACUUUGCGCUUCAUUACCGUCAUGAAAGCCUUCCGUGCCAUCCGGAUGGUCCGCUCCUUUCGCUUCUUCCGCGGUUUGCGGAUGUUGGUCAAAGCUUGCCAGUGCUGCUUGCCUUCAUUGUGCUGGUCGAUGCUGCUCUUGGCCGUUUUCAUGUGCAUGGGCGGCUUAAUUUUGGGAAACCUCUUGCAGAACUUCAUCAAAGAUGAGAGUCAGAACUUCGAGGACCGUCGCUGGAUCUGGGAGCGUUACGGCACGGCCAGCCGUGCCACCUGGACCCUCUACGAGAUCACUUUCGCGGGCAAUUGGCCGCAGAAUGUCCGACCAGUCUUGGAGAAAGUCAGUCAGGGCUUUAUCGUUUUCUAUUUGUUGUAUAUCACGAUCAUCGUGUUCGCAGUGAUCCGGGUGAUCAGUGCGCUUUUCCUCCGCGACACCUUGGAAGAGGCCAACAAUGACGCGCACCACAUGGUUCUGGAGAAGCUCCGGAAGAAGAACGAAUACGUGGACAAGCUCGCCGGGAUCUUCCGGACCAUCGAGACCGAUGGCAUGAUCACUGAGGAGAAGUUCACGGAGAUUCUGCAGAAUCCCAAAGUGAAGGCCUAUUUCCAGACCUUGGAGAUCGACGUGCAGGAGGGUGCGGCCUUAUUUCACCUCUUAGACAAUGGAGAGGGAGCAGUCACUUUUGAAGAGUUUAUUGAUGGAAUUAUGAGAUGCAAAGGCCCUGCACGUGCCAUUGACACCGUGGCGUUGCACGCGGAUCUGAAGUCGCUCGAGGUGAAGCUCUCUGUGAUGGAAAAGACGCUUGGCCCGAGACAUGGGGACGUGGAGAUGACGGAUUCAGACAUGGUGCCCCGAUUCAGAGCAUCAAGGAGUUCGUUGUACUGAAGCGGGUGCAGGACCUUUCCGAAUCGGAGGUUGUCCGGUCCGACCAUUCGAUUCGGAGGUACUCCACCAUGCGAAAAGGAGGUACUUGGACCCUAAUGGGAUAAGAUUGCGAAGAGGAUCGACUAUGAGUAGGAUUUCAACUGUUUGAUCCAAACCAAAGCCAUUUUUCCUGCUUCAAUCACUUCAACAGGGAAGACUUUUUAGACUCAGGAGCCUAGUUGGGAGAGCCACUAUAGCCCAUUCCUUUCGAAAAGCGUGCGCUUUUUGAAAAGCCUUGCGUUGAGUUCACCUGUUUUGGCAUUUGGAUUUUCAUC